CUCAGCAGUCCCGCAGCCACUGCCAGGGGGAAACAUGUUGCACAGAACUACUUCUUUUCAUUUCAAAAGCAGUGUACGAGGUAGGGCGAUAGCGCUCGAGUCGAAAGAGGAAUACGUGAAGAGAUAAAUUCGCGCUGCUGCGAAGUGGUAACUAGUUACUUACUUGGUGCGUUCGUAGGUUUCCUGACGACUCCGUCACCACUGUACCAGGUGCGAAGAAGACAGUUCCAGCCAACCCCAGGGCAAGGUUCUUGUUUCGAGCAGAAACAAAUCAAUUGGCCGGGAAAUCGCUAAGGCGAGACGCGACAGUAGCGUCUGAUGGCCACCAGUGGGGGAAAUGUUUCCUCAAAUUACCAAGAAAUUGAGCGCCAGCUCGCGGAAGCAGUAAACCUUCACCAGUUUCGGAGAAUCCAGCAAGAUGGCAGGCCUGCGAUCGAGCGGACAUUUCGUAUUCUGUUUGGAGGCCGUGAGGAAGUCGUGCGUGCAAUCAUUCAACCUGAUGCUAAUCCGAACACCCCGCCUCGGUUCUGGUGCCCGGGUGCUUCGAGUGCAGACUCAGCCGCCAAUGCAGAGCUCUAUGAGCUGACCUACCGAAAAUCUUGGACAGCUGAGUCGACCAUCUCGGGCCUAGCCGCAUCCAUCACCGAUGCUCUGUGUAGCAAAGAUCUGUUCACCCGAGAGACAAACCCUCGCUUCAACAUGACAAGAGGGGCAAGUUUUGACUCCACAAGUGGAGCUGGAGGUGGUAACUCCUUGUACGGAGGUUCCUCAAGUCGCUGGCGAAACCCACCGACAGUGCACGGCUCAACCCACACUGCUCCUCAUCCGGUUAGCCUGCAGCGAACCCAUGAUGCUCCAGUCUUAAAUCGGUCCAGCACGGCAAUUCAUGACCAGCGUGGCACUCCUGUUAUCUAUUCUGACACCAGUCGACGGCAACAUGCUCACUCUACAACAGACCUGGAUCUAGGAUUAUGGUCUAGGACAGGAGCGGGGGGAAAUGCUGGCCGCUUUGAACAUGAUAUCGGUCGGCCGAGCUAUCCGCGGGAGCCUGCAGCUGCCGUUAGCUCUUCGAAAUUUUCUCCGGGCACCUAUGGUCAUCAUCAGCUCCCACCGGGGUCUACUUCAUCGCCAAUGGACCCUGACGUUGGCGGCUCAGGCCACCAUCCUGUGGUUCCCAGUGGCUCUGCACCGGUGUAUCGCCAGCGGUCUGGUGUAAUAGAUGCUCAGCAGUCAACGUCAAUGCCGCCGCACAGUCAGCAGCAGCGUCCUGACUCGAGGAAUAGUUCAGGUAACCACUCGUCAUCACACUCGGGACCGCACAACAGUUCCGGACACAUGAGAAACGUGUCCGGGCCCAUGAACUCAUCUGGUUACCAGAGUACUGCAAUCGGUAGCGACUAUGGCCAUGGUGGUGGCAGUGGCGGUGGGGAUCAGUCUCGUGGAGGACAGUUAUCUGACUAUGACGUGCAGUCCUUCACCUCCGCCGCACAGCUCAAGAAGGUGUAUGACGACCUUCAGCUAAGGCAUCAAGAUGUACGUGGCCAGCUGAACGAGCGAGAUGACCGAUUAGCAACGGCAAAUCACCGCAUCAAGCAGCUCGAUUUGGAGGUCUCUGAUUUGUCCAGCAAGCUAACAUCAAGCUGGGUCGACGUGGAUCAGAAGAACAAUGAGAUACGCAGCCUCCACUCCCAGGUCCAGCAGCUCAUGCAUGAGAGCGAUCGCUCCAAGGUUGACAUCGAAAGCUUAAAGCAGGAGCUGAGACUCAGUCAGGCUCGCGAGGCUCAGGCCCGGAUGGAAAACCAAUCACUCAGUAGCCGCUGCAACACACUGGAAGGUGAUCUUCGACACGUCCGUGCUAGCCAGCCUGAUGGCAAGGUGGCCGCUGGUGAAGAAACGAAUGAUCUUAAGAUCAACAGCCUCAUUCUCCAACUCGAGCAGGCUAAGCUGCAGACAUCAGAACACCAGCGACACACCAAAGAAGCUGCCAUGGAGAAGGAGCGGAUGCGGCAGGACCUGGAUGUUCAGAAAGGACUGGUGGAGAGUCUUGUUGCUCAGGUAAAGGAUCUAGAGCAGGAGUUUGGCAAGGUCCCCAAUGGCAAUGGUUCAUCUGGUGCUGCGCCUGAUAGGUCACCAUCUCUAAGACAAAGCUCGCUGCGGGCUACUCCCGGUGACAGUAUGAUGCAUCUUCCACUAGACCCUGUGUCCUGUGAGGCACUCUCAGACAGGCAGCGUGCUGAAUAUUAUCGCAGCAUGGCACUGGAUGCACAGAAAGAUCGCCAAGAGGUCUAUGUGCUCUUCACUUCGAAGAUUGCUGACUAUGACAUUGUCAAGAUGGUGGCGCACGGCUGUGAAGGUGCUGUGUACCUUGUACGCUGCAAGAAGGCUCGCCUGCCCAACCCGGCCAAGCUGUUUGCAGUGAAGGUGAUGUUCAACAUCUUCCAGAUGGAGACCAUGACCCAGAUACGGCGAGAGUUUCAGAAUGAGUAUGAACUUCUCGCAAUGCUUCCUCCACACCCGAACGUCAUUCGUCUGUGUGCGUUCUUCUUCGACCGAAUUGGCAAGAACCUACCUGAUCUCCCUCCGGAGGUUCGGGAGCGGGCGCGCAGCAUGUCGCUGUUCAUUGUCCUGGAGUAUGUUCCACUGAACCUGGAGGCUGUGUGUCUGGAAAAGAGAGUCAGCAAUCGCAUCACAGUGAUGGACAUGAUUGACUGGGCAUAUCAGGUUGCCGAUGCGCUGCACUUCCUUGCCAUCAACAAUGUGGUACACCGCGACAUGAAGCUCAACAACAUACUUGUCACAGAUAGGGGUCAAAUCAAGGUGUGCGACUUUGGCUGUGCUGUGCGGCUGGACGAUGCAAGCAUGAAGAUGAAGAUGUUCCCAAACAUGCCGAAAGGAGGAAAUCCUGCUCACCUGGCACCAGAAGUGUUGAAUGCUGAGUACGACGGUACUGAUGCCUACUGUGACUACAGCAAGCAGCCUGUGUUUGAAUUGGGAGUCAUGAUCUUUGAGAUGCUGCACGAUGUAUCACCGUUCAAGAAGCUAGACCAGCGUGGCUACAGUAUGGCGGGCAUACCGCGACUGGACAUCUCCAGACUCUACUAUCCGCCCGAGUACGCACUGGAGUCUCUUCAGGCGCUAGCCGCUGAUCUGCAGACCCUACAGCAGCGCUUCAUUGAGUUUGACAUGUACCGUCGUCCCUCAGUGGCCGAAAUGCACUCAGCACUGUGGGGACUGCAUGACCGGGCAAGGUCGCUGGUCAAAGUUAGCAGCUCGCAAUCAAGCACACCGCGGAAGUCCCCGUUCCCGAGCGACCUGAAGAGCAAGGAGCCACCAAGCUUGUACCGACAGGCUUCUGCAGAUCAGGAGCCUGCUAGCCCGUGGAGCCUCAACUCAUCCUGAGGCUGAGGUGUUGCCUUCUGCCUGCUGACCAUAUUUGUAUAGUACACACUACUAUCUUGACUUUGUAUUAACAGUACGGCUGUGCACAUCUUCCAAACACAGCUUCCUGUAAUCCUACACGGUGUGUACAUCGCCAUGCAAGUGCUUUUCCAUGAUAUCCAUGUCAUAUGAUUUUACAGAUGAUUGCAGCCUGCAGUAUAAUUAUUUUCUACAAUUUCCCCGCAUUUGCCAAACCAACAUGCUUUUUCCCCACACCACAAAUACAAAGAACUUUUGAAUAUCACUACUCUGUUUCAACUAUUAUUUGCACUAAAGAGAUGUGUACAUGCUUGCUUAUGCGAAUGUCAGUAUACAUUAUACAAUUUGCAGCCGCAACCUCAAAUAUUGUAAUGGAAUGCACAGCUGGCAAGAUUUAAUAGUACGUCCACACCACGUAGCACGCAGCCUUUGAUUCCAUAGCAACUGCGGCGAAUUUGAUAACCCUUUGAUUAAUAUUUUAAAAGUGAA